CCCUACAGAGUAAUAGGAAUUGGAUCUUAGAUUAGCCAUGUGGGGAAUUCGUGUUAGCUCAACCAGACGACUGGGUAGGAGUCUGCUCAAUAACCUGAGUUUUGAGUGCAGUGGUCGUUACUUGCUGACUCGAACCACCUCUCUCUACUCUCCUGCAAUGUCGAGAAACGCUGAAAGCACUGACAUCCCAGAACAACUUCAGGCCAUUAAAUCCGCUCUCGAGGCGACCAAGCGUCCUUUCUUCUGCACUGGUAACAUCCCAUUGGAUGAGAACGUACCCCUAACUAUACUUCUGUCUGAAACGUCUGGGGGAUCAUCACCCAAAUUCACUCCCGUCUCUUUCCCGCUGAAGAAUGUGAGCGAAAUCGUGCCACUCGUUAAUGCAUCUAGUCAGGCCUCGUUUGGGAGAGGAAAAGAAGACGUGUUCGAUCCUUCGUACCGUCGCGCCCUCGUGCUGCAAAAGGAGAACUUUGGAGUUUUUCCUGCAGGGAGCCUGGACCCUUACAGUCUAGGUAUUAUUACUUCCAUAUCCAAGUUUCUGCUUCCUUCGAAUCUGCACUCGCCCGCCGAAGAGAUGAGCGAUAAUGAAAACUUUCUGCAUGCGCUGGAGGGAGACACUGGAAGGGUCCGGAUCAUUGCUUCUUUGGACAAACUUAACGUUUAUUCUACUGGCGACUUCUUCAAGGGACACAUCGACACCCCUCGCUCCUCAGACAUGUUCGGGACACUGCUAAUUAAUUUGCCUGCCCCACACGAGGGAGGUCAGCUUGUGGUCAGAGCACCAGGAUCGGAAAGCAGCAACAACAGCCAGGGCCGCGAGGAGUACACUACUCAAUGGGGAAGCGGCGCAAAUCUCGAGUGGAUAGCCUUCUUUUCUGAUUGUGAGCAUGAAGUUUUGCCGGUCACGAGCGGCCAUCGAGUGACGCUCUCGUACACGCUCUCGUUUGAUAGCACUAGCAGCGACAAUUCAUCAUUUGGCACCGAAAUCUUGGCUGAAUCCUCGGGCUCCAAUCACAAUCUCAGCCUGCUAUAUCACGCACUCACUGCUCCCGGUGUUUUCACCAACAUCAAACAUCCUCGUCUGUGCUUCUAUCUGGAACAUCAAUAUUAUAUCCACCUAGCCCAUGGCGGGGCAUUGGAGAAGGCGGAUUCAGUCAGUCGCAGGCUCAAAGGUCGUGAUGCCGUUCUUUAUCACAUGUUAAUUCAAACGGGCGUCAGCGUCACCUUUCACCACGUUCUCUUCGCCGAAUAUGAACCCGAGGAUCGAACUCGUGCAAUACUCCCUCGAUCUGCCCAGCUCUACACAUGGAGUGAGAUGGAAGGCGGCGUAAAUACACUCAUCCAUGAACACAACGGGAUCAUCGAGGUGAAUGAGGACCCUAAAAAGUUCGUUAAGGUGGAUUUUGUCACAUACGGUAAUGAGCCCUCGUUGGCGACGGCGUAUGGCACUGUAUGCAUGGUGACAACCGCGCGGGGAUUUGAUGUUGACGAGCCCUGGGGACCCCUCGACGAGGAUGAUGAAUGGCUGUGAUCUGUAUGAUAAGGCUGCUUUUUUUCUAUCAAGGCCUUCACAAGCUUGAAGCGCCUGUAAAUGCGAACGGCGGACACAGUAGUAGCAACCCCUGUCAUUUGUUGCAU